CUGAACUUCACUAUGGCUGUAUAUGAGAAAUCUCCAAUGAAGAGGAAAUUGAUCGUCACGCUGAGAAAUAAUGGGAAGAUUGUCAAGCAAUCUGCAUUUAACUUGGAGAAAUUUAUCAAGAAUUAUGACAUGAACUACAGUAGGCAAUGCAUGCCGGAUAACGUACUGCUCUACAACAACCCAGUCCGCUGCUGGAAUGAGAAACACAAGCAUUGUCCCAUGAGAUACCCUGGAGAGUGCUCAGCAGGUGGCUCAGAAUUCAACAACACUUCUUGCCAUUAUGAGAACGAGAAGUUCAAACAAGAUCGCCCCAAGCAGUACAUCGUGCAGUACGUGGCAGAUGUACCACUGAGAGAUGAUGAUGAUGAUGACGAUGACCAGUAUGAAAACAAGAAAAUUCGAGAUUACAGUAUCGGAGAAUGUGAGACUGACGACUCAUCAUUCAACAACAAUAUAGGCAAAAAUAAUACCACUGCCUAAAUGGCAAGAUGAACAGAAAGCAGU